GUCGAAGAGAAGCUGCAGUCGCCCGUAUCAUGGCAAAUUGCUUGCUCUUCCUUACGGUGGCUUUUCUGGUGCCCUGUAGUGUUGCAGAAAUUUCUAACUCGAUUUCGGGCCAAAGCCAACAAGAUUUCCCAUUUCUACCUCGGCCGGAAUGGUACGCGACUGUAGCUGUCCGACUCCAGGAGAUGGUGGACCUGCUCGCGUCCCUGUCUCGAAAUGUGAGCCGCCUCAUCCUCCUGAAGGAAACCCACGCCCCCAGCACCAUGAAAUCCCCGACUAGAACUCAGAGUAAUCCUUCCUCGUUGAAGCUGGCUGCCCUCCCCCCCGAGGCCCUGGCUGACGAAGGGGCCAAGGACAAGGGGGCGUCGGUGUUCGAGGCGGUUCUGGCGGUCCUGAUUAUGCUGCUCCUCUUGGCUGCCGUCGCCCUCGGGGUGUCGAAGGGGGGCGCCCGUCCGCGGCUUGGCUUGGUGUGAUUCCUUGGCGCGGGAAAGAGUUCUCGGCAUGGAAGUCUCUGUGUUCACGUGCAUGUAUGUUCGUGCGCCAUUUUCCCAAUAUAAUGAAGUGUUUA